CCUGAGUGUGAACAUCAUCUCGGUUCCCCCACCCAGGUUGGAGGCAUCUCGGACACCAAUCAGAUCUUCGGCUUGAGCGAGACCGAACCCGGCUCCUUCCUGUAUUAUGCUCCCUUCGACGGCAUCCUGGGGCUGGCGUACCCCAGCAUUUCCUCCUCCGGGGCCACACCCGUAUUUGACAACAUCUGGAACCAGGGCCUGGUUUCUCAGGACCUCUUCUCUGUCUACCUGAGCGCCGAUGACCAGAGUGGCAGCGUGGUGAUAUUUGGUGGCAUUGACUCUUCUUACUACACUGGAAGUCUGAACUGGGUGCCUGUUUCUGUCGAGGGUUACUGGCAGAUCUCCGUGGACAGCAUCACCAUGAACGGAGAGGCCAUCGCCUGCGCUGAGGGCUGCCAGGCCAUUGUUGACACCGGCACCUCUCUGCUGACCGGCCCAACCAGCCCCAUUGCCAACAUCCAGAGCGACAUCGGAGCCAGCGAGAACUCAGACGGCGAGAUGGUAGUCAGCUGCUCAGCCAUCAGCAGCCUGCCCGACAUCGUCUUCACCAUCAACGGAGUCCAGUACCCUUUGCCACCCAGUGCCUACAUCCUGCAGAGCCAGGGCAGCUGCAUCAGCGGCUUCGAGGGCAUGGACGUCCCCACCGAAUCUGGAGAGCUUUGGAUCCUGGGUGAUGUCUUCAUCCGCCAGUACUUUACUGUCUUCGACAGGGCAAACAACCAGGUCGGCCUGGCUCCCGUGGCUUAAGCCCAAGUCUUUCCAGCCACCUCCCAGGAAGAUCCGACCUCCGUCCUGUGCCCACUUUAGAUGCAUCUAAUUCUCCUGACUGUCCUUCCCACGGGAGUGCGGAGGUCUUGGCCCUGUUCCCUGUCUUACCGAUAAUGUAGAAUAAAAACAUAACCUACUGAAACAGGUUUUGU